AUGAAUUCAAGUCACUCAAAUACAUCGUCGACAACACUCCCCGGCGAGUCGAGCCGCGAGGACGACGACCACGUCGAGGCAACCUUUGCCCCCAUCGCGACACACGCCAGCGCCAUCAACCGCCUCCGCCGCUCCCUCUCCCUCGCCAGGUCAAACUCUGGCGGCGCGGACCUGUCCCACAAGGAGACGAGGGAUCCGAAUCUCGACGUCGACCUGCCCUACCGUACCCUCAGCGCAGAGGCAAACCUCGAUGAGUACCGCGUUGAGGUCCCCGGUGGUACCAUCCCCGGUCCUGUCGAGCCGCCUGCCGUCGCUAGGCAGUCUGGUCAGAAGGAGGGUGAGAGGAGGUACAAGCUCGUGACGUUUACGCCUGGUGAUCCUGAGAACCCCAAGAACUGGAGCAAGGCUUACAAGUGGUGGUGCACCAUGUGUGUUGCCAUUACUUGCUUCGUCGUCGCCUUUGCUUCUUCAGUCAUCACCGCCGACAUCAAGGGCGUCACUGAGGAUCUCCACGUGAGCGAGGAGCUCGCCCUCGCGAGUGUGUCGCUGUUUGUCGUGGGUUUCGGUGUCGGCCCCAUGAUCUUUGCUCCCCUGUCUGAGAUUUACGGCCGAAGAAUCAUCUACGCAUCUACUCUCCUCAUUGCCGUCAUCUUCAUCAUCCCCUGUGCCGUCGCCAAGAACAUCGAGACUCUUCUCGUCUGCCGUGCCAUCGACGGUAUUGCCUUCUCUGCUCCCAUGACCCUCGUUGGUGGUACACUCGCCGAUCUCUGGAGAAAUGAGGAGCGAGGUGUUCCCAUGGCUGCCUUUUCCGCCGCCCCCUUUAUCGGCCCAGCCAUCGGUCCCCUUGUUGGUGGCUUCCUUUCUGAUGCCGCUGGCUGGCGCUGGCUCUACUGGAUCCAGCUCAUCCUUUCCGGUAUCGUCUGGGUCCUCAUCACAUUUACCGUCCCCGAGACCUACACACCCACCAUCCUUGCCCGUCGCGCUGCUAAGCUCCGCAAGGAGACUGGCGAGGCCGAUCACGUCACUGAGCAAGAGCUCGACAUGCGACCCCUCUCUGAGCGUCUCCGCAUCUUCCUCAUCCGACCCUUCCAGCUUCUGUUUGGCGAGCUCAUCGUCUUCCUCAUCUCUAUCUACAUGAGUGUCCUGUACGGUCUCCUCUACAUGUUCUUUGUCGCCUUCCCCAUCAUCUACCAGAAGGGCAAGGGCUACUCCGCCGGCAAGACUGGCCUCAUGUUCAUUCCCGUCGCCGUCGGUGUCGUCCUCUCCGCUCUCUGCUCUCCCUUUGUCAACAAGCACUACAUCACCCUCGUCAACAAGCACAACGGCCACCCUCCCGCCGAGGCCCGUCUGAUCCCCAUGAUGAUCUCGUGCUGGUGCAUCCCCAUCGGUCUCUUCAUCUUUGCCUGGACCUCGUACGCCGACCUCUCCUGGGCUGGUCCCGCCAUGGGUGGUUUCCCCGUUGGUUUCGGCUUCAUCUUCCUGUACAACGCCGCCAACAACUACCUCGUCGACUCGUACCAGCACCAGGCCGCCUCCGCCCUGGCAGCCAAGACUUGUAUCCGAAGUUUCUGGGGUGCCGCCGUGGUCCUGUUCACUGAGCAAAUGUACGACCGCCUCAACGACCAGUGGGCCUCCACUCUCCUUGCCUUUAUCAGUCUCGCUUGCUGUGCCAUCCCCUUCCUGUUCUGGAAGUUCGGUGCCAGGAUCCGUCAGCGCAGCAAGUACGCCUACGCCGGUGAUGAAGACGAGACCGACGACAUUGAAAAGGCCAAGGGUCGUGGUGUCACUCCUGGCGGUGCUUCUCCCCGUACCGACAUUGAGAAUGACGAAGACUUGCGACGCGCCAGGAGUUACGUGAGUAACCCCUAA